AUGGCGUCUGAUUCCCCCCGAACCCGCGUCGAUCAGUUUUACGCUUCCAGGAAGAGGAAACCCGCGUCUCCCAGUUUGAAGCACGGAAAAUCGGAAAAAGAUGCGAGGAGCAAAAUUGAAGUGUCCCCCAGCGCGAAAGCCACGCUAGACAGUUUCUUGGUGAAUUCGUCGCAGGAGGAGAAGCGUGGUGCCAAUGCCAAGCCUUCGCUCCCGGUGGCUAGGCAAGACCCAGUCAAGAGAAACCUCGCACCGGAGAUUAAUAGGAUAUCCGGAAACGAAGGAAGUCAGCGGCCGCCUUCUUCUUCUGUGGUGCUUGAAAAGGUUGAGAAGGAAAAGUCUCAAGGUUCAUCCAAUGUGGGAAAUGUUGCACCUCAAGGUGUUGCGAAGAGCUGCUCCCUUUCGGGGAAUAUUGCAGAGAACUCGGAACUGAAACAGUUUGCAACUGAUUUUUUGUCUCUGUAUUGCAGUGAACUUCAAUCAACUGCAACUUCACCAUCAAAGCCUUUGACAAGGUUGAAUGAGCGCAAGAGACAUGGUGGACCGGGUGAAGAGGAUGAGACUCCUGAAAAGAGGCAAUGUGUGUCUAUUCAGUGGCGUGGAGAAGGAGCAGCUGCAUGCUCCAUUGAGAAGCAGGCAGAAGAUAGGCAAUCUGGUUGUAUUCUUAAAAAAGUUGCUUCGGUUUUGAAUGAAGCUAGAGAGGUAGCUGCUGGCAGUGGUUCCAAUCAAGCAAGCUUGAGAAAAUGUAACAGUGGGUUCAAACCAAUUGUAAAUAGGGCUGAAUUCAGCACGCCAGGGUCCUCUGUUGUUAAAGCACGUGCAACUGAAAUACCCAAAUCUGCACGUGGAAGCUCCAUGUUUUCUCCAGGAGAGGCGUUCUGGAAUGAGGCAAUUGAAGUUGCUGACAGUUUAUUUGGUGAAGUUGAUAAUCCUCUUGCCAGGGCUGUAGAAGGUGUAACUAGUGGAAAUUGUUGUGACAAGUCUGAGGAAGAGCCAGACAAGGCCAGCUGCAGAAGUUGGCAGGUGGAGAAUGGCGGUUCUUUGGAGUUAAUUAGGAAGCAUUUAAAAAAUUCAGUUAAGCAAGUGUCUCCCCUGCCUGUCAAGCAUCUUGACUUUUUGUGCGAGGACGGGAACUUGGAUGGAACUACUGUCCAUUGUGCUACAGAUAAUCCAGACAGUUUGCAGAAGAGUUGUGAACUGUCUGAAUCUGGUUCUCUAAGUAUCAAAGUGUCACAAAAAGCCAGUGUUGCAUGUGAAAAUGUACCGCAUACCAACAAAGAGAUGCAUAAAGCACCAGAAACCAUAUCUUGUCCUACUACCUCAAGAAAUACAGAUUUGUUGAAUCAAAAUGCUGACAAAGCUAUAUGCAAUUCGCCAGGGGAUCAAAUUAGAAACUUAACUGCGAUAAAUGAAUGUCCUGGAGCCGAAACUCCUACAAGUUUUCUGCCACUUAAAGACCGGUUAGAUCUUAGCAAUUGGCUUCCGACAGAGAUAUGCAGCGUAUACAAGAGGAAAGGAAUUUCAAAACUUUAUAAUUGGCAGGUUGAUUGCCUUCAAGUUGAUGGUGUUUUACAGAGAAGGAAUCUUGUUUACUGUGCAUCCACAAGUGCUGGAAAAAGCUUUGUAGCAGAAAUUUUGAUGUUGAGACGGGUGCUUUCAACUGGAAAAAUUGCUCUUCUUGUGCUUCCCUAUGUGUCAAUUUGUGCAGAGAAGGCAGAACAUCUGGAGGGGAUUCUGGAGCCACUUGGUAAGCAUGUUCGAAGUUAUUACGGAAACCAAGGUGGUGGAACACUUCCAAAAGAUACUUCUGUAGCUGUUUGCACCAUAGAAAAAGCAAACUCGUUAAUAAACAGAUUGCUGGAAGAAGGCCGUCUAUCAGAGAUUGCAAUAGUGGUGAUAGAUGAACUACACAUGGUUGGUGAUCAGCACAGGGGUUAUCUCUUGGAACUGUUGUUGACAAAACUUCGGUAUGCUGCUGGGGAAGGAAAUUCUGAAUCUAGUAGUGGAGAAAGCUCAGGCACGAGCAGUAAGGGUGAUCCUGCUCAUGGUCUGCAAAUUGUUGGAAUGAGUGCAACUAUGCCAAAUGUGGCAGCAGUUGCUGACUGGUUACAAGCGGCGCUGUACCAGACCGAAUUUCGACCUGUUCCACUACAGGAAUAUGUUAAAAUUGGCAAUACAAUUUAUGACAAGGAAAUGAAUGUUAUUAGAACAAUUCCUCGGGCAGCUGACCUUGGCGGUAAAGAUCCGGACCAUAUUGUGGAAUUAUGCAAUGAGGUUGUUCAAGAGGGGCACUCGGUGCUAAUAUUUUGCUCGAGUCGAAAAGGAUGUGAAUCAACUGCAAGGCAUGUGUCAAAAUAUCUGAAGCAGUAUUCUGUUACCAGUCACGAAGACAGUGAGUUUGCUGAUACUGCUUCAGCUAUUGAUGCAUUGCAAAGAUGUCCUGCUGGAGUGGAUCCUAUAUUAGAAGAAACACUACCUUCUGGUGUUGCCUAUCAUCAUGCAGGCCUUACGGUUGAGGAAAGGGAAAUUAUUGAAACAUGCUACCGCAGAGGCCUUUUACGGGUGUUAACUGCUACGUCUACCUUAGCUGCUGGAGUUAACCUGCCUGCAAGGAGGGUCAUUUUUCGACAACCCAGAAUAGGCCGUGAUUUCAUUGAUGGGACAAGAUAUAAACAGAUGGCUGGCAGAGCUGGUCGGACUGGAAUAGAUACUGCAGGAGAAAGUGUACUGAUUUGCAAGCCGGAUGAGUUAAAAAGAAUUAUGGGACUUCUCACUGAAAAUUGUCCACCAUUGCAAUCUUGUCUUUCUGAAGAUAAAAAUGGAAUGACUCAUGCCAUUUUAGAAGUGGUGGCUGGGGGAAUUGUUCAAACCGCUAAUGACAUUCACCGAUAUGUUAGAUGUACUCUUCUCAAUUCUACGAAACCGUUCAAGGAUGUUGUUAAAUCGGCACAGGAUUCUUUACGGUGGCUGUGCCACAGAAAGUUUCUUGAAUGGAAUGAAGAAACUAAGUUAUACAGCACGACACCUCUUGGACGUGCAGCUUUUGGCAGUUCUCUAUGUCCAGAAGAAUCGCUUAUUGUACUUGACGAUCUUUCUAGAGCGAGAGAAGGAUUUGUGCUCGCAUCUGAUUUGCAUUUAGUGUACUUAGUUACACCAAUCAACGUUGAUGUUGAGCCAAACUGGGAACUAUACUAUGAAAGGUUCAUGGAAUUGUCAGCUCUUGACCAGUCUGUUGGAAAUCGAGUUGGAGUUUCUGAGCCUUUUUUAAUGCGUAUGGCACAUGGGGCACCAAUGCGCACUUUGAGCCGAACCAUGGAUGAUGCGAGAAAGAAUCGCGGCAAGCUUGAUAGCCGCUCUGGGGUUAUUAACAGAAGUAUGAUGUCAGACGAGCAGACACUACGAGUUUGCAAAAGAUUUUAUGUUGCUCUCAUCUUGUCAAGGCUAGUGCAGGAAGUACCUGUUGGUGAGGUUUGUGAAGCUUUCAAGGUUGCUAGAGGUAUGGUUCAAGCAUUGCAAGACAAUUCUGGAAGAUUUGCAUCCAUGGUUUCAUUGUUUUGUGAAAGACUCGGAUGGCAUGAUCUGGAGGGUUUGGUUGCCAAAUUCCAGAAUCGUGUUUCAUUUGGAGUGAAAGCAGAGAUUGUGGAGCUUACUACUAUACCGUACAUUAAGGGUUCUCGAGCAAGAGCACUAUACAAAGCAGGCUUGCGUACUCCCCUUGCUAUUGCUGAAGCAUCUAUUCCUGAAAUUGUCAAAGCUCUUUUUGAAUCUUCAUCAUGGGCUGCUCAAGAGGGCUCAGCGCAAAGGCGCAUGCAGUUGGGAAUUGCGAAGAAAAUCAAGAAUGGUGCACGCAAGAUUGUCCUGGAGAAAGCUGAAGAGGCAAGGGCUGUUGCAUUCUCAGCUUUCAAAUCGCUUGGGCUCAGUGUCCCACAGUUCUCUAGACCUUUAUUACCAAAUAAUUCUGGAAACCUUGCUGAACAAGGAGAUGCAAGAACCUGUUCCGGGAGUGGCACAGACAUCUUACCUGGUUUAGAAAAGCAAGAUCAUACUGCAUCUAAAUUGCCCACAUCAUGUGCGACUUCUGGUGAAUUUGCUUCAGAAAGUGGAGGAGGGAAGUUGAUAAAAUCUUUGUGUGCUGGAAUAGCAACACCUGCAGAAGCAAACUCAACUGGUACCCUGCAGUGGGACUUUGAUGCUGAACAUUCUAAGGUACCAGUGGUAAACUCCACAAUCCCCAGCAAGGAGCUUGAUGGUAUCAGCAUUUGUAGCAAAAAUGCACCUUUAAUGCUUUCUGAGAGGAAUACUGGUGGCCCAGUGCGUGAACAAUGCGAUCAAGGUAAUCUAUACAGUGAGAAUAAGGACAUUGUCUGUGAGAAGGGUCCUAUUAAUGCGAGCAAUACUGAUGGUGGAUUUGAUUCUUUCCUGGAUCUUUGGGAAAAUGUCCGUGAAUUUUACUUUGAUAUUCACUAUAGUAAACGUUCAGAAGUGAAUUCUCUCUACCCAUUUGAAGUACUUGGCAUCGCCAUCUGUUGGGAAAAUUCUCCUGUUUACUAUGUCAAUCUUCCUAAGGAUUUAUUGCAUUGCAGCCAAAGCAGUGACUGCUCGCCCAUGACUCUUCCUGGUGGGAAGAGAAAUGUUCAACUUCCUGAGAAUUGGUUGGAGAUAGUUAGACAGAGAUGGAAUAGGAUUUGUGAAAUCAUGGGUAAAUUGGAGGUCAAAAAAUUUACUUGGAAUUUAAAAGUUCAGAUUCAGGUGCUCAAGAGUGCUGUCAUUUGCAUUCAGAGAAUUGGUUGCCUGAAUCUGUCUGGCACAAAUAUGGGCCCUGAAUCGAUAGACAGCUCGCACUUAUUACUGUCUCCUAUGACUAUUAAAGAAGGAAUUGAUAUGUGUAUUGUAGCAUGGAUUCUUUGGCCAGAUGAUGAGAGAAGCUCCAACCCAAACCUGGAGAAGGAAGUUCGGAGAAGAUUAUCAAGCGAGGCUGUUGCCUCGGCUAAUAGAAGUGGCAGGUGGAAGAAUCAGACACGCAGAGCAGCCCAUAAUGGUUGCUGUCGCCGAGUUGCACAAACAAGAGCCCUGUAUUCCGUUCUUUGGAAGCUGCUUAUUUCUGAGGGACUCAUUGAAGCUCUAACGAAUAUUGAGAUGCCACUGGUCAAUGUCUUGGCAGACAUGGAGCUAUGGGGGAUAGGUGUUGACAUGGAGGGAUGUCUUCAAGCACGUACUGUACUGGGGAAAAAACUAAGGUGUCUUGAAAGGAAGGCUUAUGAGCUGGCUGGCAUGACAUUUUCCCUGUAUACAGCAGCUGAUAUUGCAAAUGUGCUUUAUGGACAUUUGAAGCUGCCCAUACCAGAAAGACACAAUAAAGGGAAACAACAUCCGAGUACGGACAAGCAUUGUUUGGAUUUAUUAAGACAUGAGCACCCUAUUAUUCCAGUUAUCAAAGAGCACCGGACAUUAGCAAAGCUUUUGAACUGUACACUGGGUUCAGUCUGUUCACUGGCUAGGCUAUCUAUGAGGACACAAAAGUACACACUACAUGGCCACUGGCUCCAAACGUCAACUGCAACUGGAAGACUUUCAAUGGAGGAACCUAAUCUCCAGACUGUGGAGCAUAUGGUUGAGUUCAAAUUGAGUACGGAUAAAGAUGGGAAUGAUGUUGACGCAGACGAUUAUAAGAUAAAUGCACGUGAUUUCUUUGUUCCUACCCAGGAGAAUUGGCUACUGUUGACAGCAGAUUAUUCUCAGAUAGAAUUGCGGCUCAUGGCACACUUCUCUAAAGAUGCUUCAUUGAUUCAACUCCUUACUAAGCCACAUGGCGAUGUUUUUACCAUGAUAGCAGCACGAUGGACUGGAAAAACAGAGCAGUCUGUUAACACAGAUGAACGAGAUCAGACAAAAAGAUUGGUGUAUGGGAUCCUGUAUGGAAUGGGCUCCAAAACUCUUGCUGAACAGCUGGAUUGUAGUUCAGAUGAAGCUGCACAAAAAAUUAAAAGCUUUAAAAGUUCUUUUCCUCGUGUUGCUUCUUGGCUCGAGGAGGCAGUUGCAUCUUGCCAUAAGAAAGGAUAUGUGGAAACCCUAAAGGGAAGAAAGCGCUUCUUGUCGAAGAUAAAAUUUGGAAACAGUAAAGAAAAAGCGAAAGCCCAGAGGCAAGCAGUUAAUUCUAUCUGUCAGGGAUCUGCUGCCGAUAUAAUCAAGAUUGCAAUGCUAAAGAUAUACUCGGUGAUUGUUGGAGUUAACAGGGCAGCUUCUGACUCUUCAAAUUCGACUGACUUUUGCAUGCUGAAGGACCGGUGUCGAAUUCUUUUACAGGCUGAUAGACUGGUAUUUGUCCUUGUCCAGGUACAUGAUGAAUUAGUCCUGGAGGUUGAUCCCUCGGUGAUCAAGGAAGCUGCACUGUUGUUGCAGACUAGCAUGGAAAGUGCUGCCUCACUUCUUGGUAUGCAUUCAGUACAGUUACAUUUUUCUUUAUUUGAAUUUUUAUAUAUAAGCCAUAACUAUCCUCUACUUUUUUCAGUUCCUUUGCCAGUAAAACUGAAAGUUGGAAGAACAUGGGGUUCCUUGGAACCUUUCCAGGCAGAUAAAUUUUCAAAUGAACUGAAGAGGUGA